CGAUCCCUCCUCUCCUCACAUACUUCAAACUUGGCCUAUAAAUACUUGAUUAGCUUGCUCCAAUUUUUAUGUACAAGCAGAUCAUAUAACAUAUAGAAUCUUUACAAGAUGGAGCAGAAAGAUCACAACCAUGUUAGAAGAAGGAAAAAGGGAGGCCUUCUCACAUUGCCCUUUAUCUUUGCUAAUGAUGUGUGUGAGAAGCUAGCAGUGGUGGGUUUCGGUACAAACAUGAUUAGCUACUUGACAACACAACUACACCUUCCAUUAACCAAAGCAGCUAAUACAGUCACCAACUUCAAUGGAACUGCCAGCUUGACUCCUUUGCUAGGCGCCUUCCUCGCCGACUCUUACGCCGGAAAAUUCUGGACUAUCACCAUAGCUUCCAUUUUCUACCAAAUUGCAAUGACAAGUCUGACAUUAUCAGCAGUGCUUCCAAAGCUGAGGCCACCUCCAUGUGAAGUAGGUAAGGAGGUGUGCCAAGAGGCUGACUCAGGACAGCUGGCAGUACUGUACGGGUCACUGCUGCUGGCGGCACUCGGGGCAGGUGGGAUCCGGCCUUGUGUGGUGGCAUUCGGGGCGGACCAGUUUGAUGAAUCGGAUCCAGAACAAACCACCAAGACGUGGACCUACUUCAACUGGUACUAUUUUGUCAUGGGAGCAGCAACACUAGUGGCUGUGACUGUGAUUGUAUACAUUCAAGAUAAUGUGGGAUGGGGAUGGGGCCUAGGCGUCCCAACCAUAGCCAUGUUUCUGUCAAUCAUCACCUUUGUUGUUGGAUAUCCAUUUUACCGGAACUUGGAUCCGGAUGGGAGCCCGUUUACCCGCUUGGUCCAAGUGGGUGUGGCUGCAUUCAGGAAGAGAAAGCUACGACAUGUGUCAGACUCCGAAUUAUUGUACCAAAACGAUGAACUGGAUGCCUCCAUUUCUUUGGAAGGGAAGCUCCUUCAUUCUCAACAGUUCAAAUUUCUGGACAAGGCAGCCAUAGUGGGUGAAGAGGAUGAGAGAGACCUUAAAAAACCAAAUUUAUGGAAUCUAAACACAGUUCAUAGAGUAGAGGAACUCAAGUCGUUGCUAAGAAUGGGCCCAAUAUGGGCCUCAGGCAUCUUACUCAUCACAGCCUAUGCCCAGCAAAACACCUUCUCUCUCCAACAAGCCAAGACCAUGGACAGGCACAUCACCGCCACCUUCCAAAUCCCCGCCGGCUCCAUGACCGUCUUCACCAUCCUCACCAUGCUCGCCACCACCGCCUUCUACGACCGCCUCUUCAUCCCCGUCGCCCGCCGUGUCACCGGCCUCGACCGCGGCAUCACCUUCCUCCACAGAAUGGGCAUGGGGUUUGUCAUCUCCAUUUUGGCCACCCUCGUCGCCGGGCUCGUCGAAGUGAAACGCAGGCAAGCUGCAAUCUCCACCGCCGCCAAAUCCAUCUCCGUGUUCUGGCUUGUGCCGCAGUAUAGCCUGCAUGGAAUGGCUGAAGCUUUCAUGUCCAUAGGGCACUUGGAGUUUUUCUAUGACCAGGCUCCUGAAAGCAUGAGGAGUACUUCCAUUGCUUUGUUUUGGACUUCGAUUUCGGCUGGGAAUUACAUGAGUACGCUCCUGGUUUCAUUGGUGCAUAAGUUCAGUCGUAAGCCUGAUGGAUCAAAUUGGCUUCCUGAUCAUAAUCUGAACAAAGGCAAGUUGGAGUACUUCUAUUGGCUCCUCACGUUGCUCCAAAUUGUUAACUUUGUUUACUACGUGGGUUGUGCUAAAGCCUACGUUUAUAAGCCAAUUCAGGUGCAUGGUAAAGGGGAUGAAGAUAGUGGUACAAAUGAGAACCAGAUUGAGCUUGCGUCCAGCAAAGUCUGAGAUUGCCGCUUUGGUUGAUUUAGUGAUUUAGAUUUUCUUGUUUCUUAAAUAAAUAUUUAUAAUAGAUGCGUUUAUCAGGCUGAGGUAGUCUCUCUUACUUUUAUUCUGGUGAUUACGUAAGCUUUGUAGAUGUUGUAACUUGUAAGGUGAACAUUGUAAAUAAAUAAUACUGCACUACUAAUAGGAAACAGUAAAACGGUGCUCUUACAAUAGCCA